AUGUCGGUUUCUGUGAGGGAUGGUGGGUAUAUAAAAGGGUGCGGGUCGCAUGUGCGGGGGUUUUCACUGACGAACACAUGCACAUUUUAUGGUUUGACUUCAAUUGUAAGACCAACGACAUGCUUAUCAUUUUGUGUUUUAUUUUAUAGUGUUUUCUACUCGGUGUUGUUGCUUCCGAUGCUGUUUUCAUUUAUUAUUUGUGCUUUACCGUCUCAUUCUUCCCCGUUUUCCCUUUUUUUUUCCUUUCCUCACCUCUAUUCGAAAUUGUUACUUGUCGCUCUCCACGCUGGGGUACCGAACCCCUUUUGCUCAUUCAUUCAUGUGUUCAUUAUUGCUAUUGUUGAGGUAUGUUCCAUACAUUAA